AUGUAUCUUGUUGGAUGGACCUGGAUGGCUAUUUGGUCACUUGGCUGUGGGCUCGCCCAUAAUGUUGUUCUCUUUGAUCUCGCCGGUGGCAUGAUAGGAAUCGGUUCUGGCGCCUUGGAUCCGAAUACCAAGAAGAAUAUCACCUUUGCUUUUCUGGGAUUUUUGCACUCAAUUAGGAUACAAAUUUGCUGGUUUGAUCGGGCGGUUUGCCGAAAAAAAAUACCGGGCGUUGGGGGGCUUGAGUACUGGGCCAUCGGCUGCGUCGUUCUCGACCUGGUUACCUUCGUCAUCGUCCCUCAUCGAAUAGAUAGCCGAUUUCAGGGCUGA